AUUGAAUCAGCCUCAGUGCGCUUUGACAAAAAGAACAGAGGAACUCGUCUUAAAGCACUGAAUAGAUGGCCUAUUUUCCUAAAUGUAUUGACCCGUAUCUUGGGCUUAUCAAAGCAAUGCCUUGCUUAGGGGCACGUGAAAGGGUAAAUGUAACUCGUCAGUGGAAGUCGUGUACACACUUUUUAUCUGAUAUGCCUUUAACAAAAUGUCUUUGUGAUGACGAGAAUCCUGUGAUAUUGUGUACUGGAGGAAUCAAUCCUUUGAAGCCAAGAGAUUAUCUGAUAGGUGGAGUAAUGCUGUGUUAUCAACCGAUAAAAGAUAAAUGGUCAUAUUUUGGAACAAUGCCGGAACCUCGUAACUACCAUACUACAGUGUACUUUCACGGACGUAUAUAUGUUUUUGGUGGUUACAACCCUCUGGAGAUCGUAAAUAGCGAGAUGCAGCCAACAGCCACUGUUUUCGAAUUGACAUUUAGUUCUAAAAGAUGGAGACGAAGAACAGAUAUGUAUUACGCUCGAGCUUGUCAUGCAGCCGCCGCAUUUGAUGAAAGGAUAGUUAUAAUUGGUGGACAAAAUAGCAAAAAAGAAAUCAUCUCUUGUGUAGAAGUGUACAAACCGGAUUCAGAUCAGUGGACAGUAGUCAAACCAAUGCCUGAACCUGUGAUGGGUUCUGGUGCUGCUUGUCUUGACGGUCUUAUAUAUGUUGUAGGAGGUGUUAGUAUUUCAAAAGUGGAUAAAAGAACACCUUUUAUUGUUGAUUAUUUUUUAAGUUACGAUCCUAUUCAGAAUAGGUGGUACAAAAAGCCACCACUACAACAGCGCCGUGCUUUCUGCACUGCCGUUUCGGUUAAGAAAGAACUAUGGGUCUGGGGUGGAUUGGCGAACGCUUAUUCGUCUGUGUCUCUAUGCAGUAUUGAAACUGUAGACGUUUAUUGUCCAUGGAAGUGUCUUUGGAAAACCAGGGUUAAACUUCCUACUUGUAAACAUGCUGUGGCACUAGCUAAAGCAGGGUCACGUAUUUAUAUUCUUGGAGGUAUGAACUGUGCUGAACAAGAACCUCUAUCAGAAAACGAUAUUUUUGAUUUGGAUAAAAAUACUUUAUUAGAAGGCUGUGCUCUACCGUUACCAAUAGCAGGGGCUUCUGCAGUUGGUGUGCUAUCAGAGAAGUUUAUUAAGGAUGGAAGUAAAUGGAUAACUCAAGAACCAAAUGAAAUAAUCUUGAACCGUGCAGCCUCAAUGAUACAAGGAAUGUUUCGAAGGCACCGUUCUAGAAGACAACUAAAUACAAGAAAAUACGCGGAUUUCUGUAAAAGACAAACAACUUGUGAAUCGGAAACAGAAUUGACUUCUAAAUGUUCGUCUGCUUUUGGAUACUGUACACAAAGCUACGUAGGUGGAUCAAGAGAUGAUCAGUGUAAAAGACUAGCACGGUUACACAUACCUCAAUGGCCUCCUCAUCCUGAAAAAGCUGGUCCAGAUGUCGACCUUUGUACUGACUCAUAUCCAUCAAUAUUUUUACGAAAGAAUCGAAAUCCUCAUUUUGUAACCCUUUCACCUCAGGUAGACUCCAACUUAGGAUUGUUGUUACCACUGGAAGAACGCUGUCUGAAAACGAAGAGGGCAUGCGGUUUGAGAUCCGUGUAUAAUUUACCAGCCUUUGCCGAGAAGAUGAGACCAUGCUUUGAAGUUAUUGACAAUACGUCACCUACUAUAGUCGUAACUGGAGGGUUAGACCCACGUGAUCCCCUGGAUUCCCAAAUUGGUAUGUCAGUGAUAAGGUAUCACGUUCUGAGAGAUCGAUGGGAGUAUUUUGGUCAAUUGCCGGAACCCCGAAAUCAUCAUGCAUCUGUAUUAUUGAACAACGUUAUCUACAUUACAGGGGGUUACGAUCCACAUACAAGAAAUUGUGGAGAGAUGGUACCAACUGGAAGAACCUUUGUUCUUGACCUUACUACGAAAAACUGGGAACAGAGGCGGGACAUGAUCUGUGCCCGAGCUCAUCAUGCUCUUGUAACAAUUCAUGGACGUGUUUAUGCAAUUGGCGGACGUGAUAACAAGGGAAGAGUGGUAGCUUCUGUGGAAGUCUACAUACCAGAAUCAGAUUACUGGGAAAUGGAGAGACCAAUGUGUCGACCACGCAUGGGCCUGUCUGCGGUGUGUUAUGAAGGAUUUAUCUGGGUGAUCGGUGGGUUGACUUCUUUACCAGAAACUGCUGAUCUCGAUGAUGAGCCUCCAGUUCUGGAUAGUGUCUUGUCCUUUGAUCCAAUCACUAAAAUUUGGAUAGCUCGUCCGCCUCUCCGAAUAGCUAGAGCUUAUUGCUCGGCUGUGGUAGCUCAGAAGUGCUUGUGGGUUGUCGGUGGAUGUUGGGGUUCACGAUUUAACAAGAACCAGUUAGUAAGCACAGGAUUUGUGGACGUAUAUAAUAUUCACCUUAAUGAGUGGCAAAAAAAAGCUGACCUACAAGUACCCCGACAUUCUGCUGGAGUUGUUACUGUUGAGGCCUGCAUCUAUGUAAUCGGUGGUAUUAGCAGUCAGGAGUGGGGACCAAUUUCUAAAACUGAAGUCUUCAUGGUGGACGAUGACAGUGUUCGAAAGGGAAAAAAGCUUCCUACACCUCUAACUGGUAUUUCAGCAGUUGCUAUACCUCCAAUAGAAUCUGUCUUGCGAACAGAAAGUCUUACUUGUAUGAUUCGACAAAAAAUCAUACAUUGAUUUGUAUUAAGUCCUACCACGGGUUAGGUUACACAGCUGAGACAAAAAACGAGAUCGUUUUUGGGUUUUAUUGAAAAGUACUAAGUGCGAAAGAAUAUCUCUAAACUGACAUUAUUAAAAAUUGAAACAGAAAGACUUUAAUUUU